GACACUCCUACUGAGGACACCGCAUAUAUCUAGGGAGUGCAUCGGGUCCACACUAGUCUGUUGAGACUAACGACUGUGCGUGUCAGAUAUGGCGUCCAACAUGUUUUUGUACUGGGGGUCUGGGAGCAUGCCCUGUUGGAAACCCAUGUUGGUUCUGGAAGAAAAGGGAUUCUCGGGCUACCCGAAUAAGAUGAUUUCCUUCAGCGACAAGGGGCACAAGUCGGAGGAGGUCUUGAAACUCAACCCACGCGGGCAGAUGCCGACAUUCAAAGAUGACGACGUUGUUGUGAACGAGUCAAACGCCAUCUGCUUCUAUCUUGAGAAUAAAUUUCCAGACAAAGGGACGAAACUCCUUCCUGACGAUAAAGCCGAAUUUGGCCGAAUUGUGCAGAGAUGUGCUGAGACUGCCAACGUGUACGACAACUUCAUCGUUAACAUCGCUCGGUACAGAUUUAGUACCCCGAAAGAGAAACUUGAUGAGGAGCUGUUAAAGACUAAGUACGAGGCUGCUCGAAAGGAGUUGAAAUUAUGGGAAGGCUACCUCGCGGCAAGCGGAGGCUACGUCGUCGGCAGCAACUUCACCAUGGCGGAUGUCUUCUUCUUUCCGUAUGUCGCUUUCGGGGUGAGACUCGGUCUUGAUGUCUCAAAAUAUCCCGCUAUUAGUGCCUACUACGACAAGGUCAAGGACAGACCAUCCGUGAAAGCAUCAUGGCCGCCACACUGGGCUGAGAAGCCCGCUGACACUUCAAUGUUUAGACCUAUUUAGGAACUGUCGUUGAGAAUGGCUACAAAAAGCUGCAGCUUCUCAUAUUAUCCAACGCUGUUAAGUCAACAGCUUUAGUUUGGCUUCAAAGUCAUAUUGUCCAUAUAUUUAGCGAAAUGCUUGACAAGAUCCAUGUAUGAAUUGCUUUGGGUUUUUACGUUGCAAUCAACUCUGAUCUAAACUCACGGUAACAGACGAACGUUUUCUGAUAUGGUACAUGGUUGGACUAGUGGAAUCAAACGUAGAGUUUCAUAUUAGUUCAUAAUCACGAUUCGCCCCAGCUAUGAACCUUAAUCGGGGCGUGCAAUAACGUCUGCUAUACCACGGUACGGGCGACACAAAUAUUGUUGAAAUAAAUAUUAAAUUCACUGGUCGAAGCGGAUUUAGGUUUUGAUCAAAGUUCACACUCACUUCAUGCCGAACCAAAGAACGACAUUCGUGGCAGCAACGAUUUUUAAUCGAAAACAAUCAUAAGCCUGAGAUAUUACUAUCCACGUUUUUCGCUAUACUUAGCAUAUUUUACAUAUAGUCUUGUACCUAUUGUACCUUCAUUGUUACAAUAAACUAUUACUUAACUUUCC